AAACAGGUGCCGGUACUGGCUUUUGCUGUCCCAUGAACUCUAAAGCUUUUCUUUCGUUUCCACAAUGGACUUACAAAGGUUUUGAGACAGCACCAGAUAUACAUGCUAAGCCCAUAAUUCCAAGCACUCAAGCGGAAAGAGAUUUAUUGAAAGCUAUGACCAAUUUAACAAAUAGAAUAUUAUCGAGCACCGGUUCUAGAAGCUUGUUAAAGAUAAGGUCGCAACACCCAGAAAUCUUCAACCAAUUAAGUACUUAUCACAAGGUAAUCCAAAUGCUAUCGUCAUAUCACUAUCGUUUACCCACACGGCGUAUUAUCAGCGAAUUAUUUGAUGUAAAUUUCACAAAAGAAACAUUUGAUCAACUCGAUAAGCUUAUGGCAGUACGUAAUGGUUGUGAUGGAGUUAAUGGAAUUUCAGAUGAUACAUUAGCAGAAGAUGGCGGUGGUACAGAUGAUGCAGAUGCACAGCUACAUAAGCAAAGAGUGGAAAAUUUUACUAGGGUGCAUCGUGGUAGCGAUGGUGUUAUUGCUGUUAUGUCAGACGAUCAGAUGGAUGGGAGUGCGGAGGAACCUGUUCCGAAACAAGAUUUGUUACCUGUUAAAAUUGUUAAAGGGUUUAAUACUACGUGA